AUGGCGGAAGUACAACCAGAAGAGUUUUUGUACAAUGUUUCAGUUUUACUCGAUGGUUAUGGUUAUACGGACGAAAAAGACAGAUACAGGGCUAAUGGAACAUGCACUAUGAUCACUGGAAACGGAAAAAGAAUUAUUGUGGACACUGGAAGUCCGCGAGAUAAGGAACGCCUUCUUGAAAAAUUGGAGCAACACAAAGUUUCUCCUCAAGACGUCGACUUCGUUGUUUGCACUCACGGACAUGUGGACCACGUGGGCAACCUUAAUAUUUUUCCAAAAGCUAUGUGCAUGGUGUCUCAUGAUAUUUUAAAUGAAGAGGAUAUUUACACCGACCUUCCCGAGAACUUUAAAGAAGGAAUGCCAUACUGCAUUGAUGGAGAAAACGUCCAGGUGAUUUCCACUCCAGGCCACACCUCUCAGGACGUUAGUGUCAUCGUUAGAGGCACGGAAUAUGGAACUGUUGUUAUCUGCGGAGAUUUAUUUGAACAUGAAGAGGAUGAUAAAUUGUGGGAAGAAUUUAGUGAAUCCCCAGAAAAGCACAGAAAGAGUAGACAAAAAGUACUGGAAAUUGCAGACUGGAUAGUACCUGGACAUGGUAAACUGUUUAGGGUGAAAAAACCUUAA